GUGACUCCAUAUACCAGAAUGCAGCUGUGUGUAAAUGCUAGCUAAUGUUGUGAAUGAAGUUCAAACCGAGGGAUCCUUCCAUCAUCAAAAAUACAUCCCACCACGUAUUUAUUCCGACGUUUUUCUCGUAAUGGUUUACUGACAAGUUGGCGUCGACACGGUCUAUUCUUAGUGGUUAGCGCGUGAUAUAAUUUAAAUGUUUUACUAUGGUUUGGCAUGCAACCUGCAGUUAGCUAGGCUAGGCUAAGCUAACGCAGGCUAACGUAUCAUGUCGUGUUUACUUUACAGUCCGGUUAAACGCACCUUAAACAUGAAUUAGUGCAUGAUACUAAGUUAUGUGGCCACACGCGUUUUAAACUGGUACGUUACAGUGGGGCGGCACUAUAGAUCAUUUCAUAAACUCGAAAAGUCAUUAAGUUGUGGAGAAGAUGACACUGGCACCUAAGGACCUCUCCAACCUGCUGAGCAUUAUCUCGGAGGAGGCUUGCACCAACACCUUCGAGAGCCUCUCCGCGGCUUUCCACCACUACUUCGGCAAGGCAGAACACUUCCGAGUGGGCUCGGUGCUGGUGAUGCUGCUCCAGCAGCCCGACCUACUCCCAAGCUCGCCGCAGCGGCUCACGGCCCUGUACCUGCUGUGGGAGAUGUACCGCACCGAGCCGCUGGCCGCAAACCCAUUUGCCGCCGUGUUCGCCCACCUGCUCAACCCGUCACCUGUGGGCGACGAGCAGGAGAGAGUUCUUUCAGGCUUCCUGCCUCCAAUCACCCACCCAGAGAAGUUUUUCCUGUCCCAACUGAUGCUGGCUCCUCCCCGCGAGCUCUUCAAGAAGACCCCCAGACACGUGUCCUGCAUGGACGUGGCCAACAUGCCCCAAUCCAUCGACAUCAGUGGCCUACAGCUAGCCCUAGCAGAACGUCAGUCGGAGCUCCCCACCCAGAGCAAGGCCAGCUUCCCCAGUAUCCUCAAUGACCCCGACCCUGAUUCGUCUAACUCUGGCUUCGACAGCUCAGUGGCCAACCAGAUCACAGAGUCGCUGGUCACCGGGCCCCGCCCCGCCCUAGAAAGUCAUUUCCGCCCAGAGUUCAUCCGUCCCUCCCCCCCGCUCCACGUGUGUGAGGAUGAGUUUGCGUGGCUGAACCCCAGCGAGCCACAGCACGGGCUCCUGUGGGACCGCUCCAUGUGUGUGAAGAACAGCACCGGCGUGGAAGUCAAGCGUCUCAUGGCCAAGGCCUUCAAGAGCCCCCUGUCGGCCCUCCAGCAGUCCCAGCUCCUGGGAGACCUGGAGAGGGACCCUAAGCUUGUCUACCACAUUGGCCUGUCUCCAGCCAAGCUGCCAGAUCUGGUGGAGAACAAUCCACUGGUUGCCAUUGAGAUGCUGCUGAAGCUGAUGCAGAGCAGCCAGAUCACAGAGUACUUCUCUGUCCUCGUCAACAUGGACAUGUCCCUGCACUCCAUGGAGGUGGUCAACAGGUUGACGACGGCUGUCGAUCUACCUCCAGAGUUCAUCCACCUCUACAUAUCGAACUGCAUCUCCACCUGUGAGCAGAUCAAAGACAAGUACAUGCAGAACCGCCUGGUGCGCUUGGUGUGUGUGUUCCUCCAGUCCCUGAUCAGGAACAAGAUCAUCAACGUCCAGGACCUUUUCAUCGAGGUCCAGGCCUUCUGCAUCGAGUUCAGCCGCAUCCGUGAGGCGGCCGGCCUCUUCCGCCUCCUCAAGACCCUGGACACCGGAGACACCCCCGCAGACAUCAAGCCCGCCAAAUAAGGCCCCUGUGUCUCCCGCCUGCACCCCCUGCUACACCCCGCCACCACAACCCCUGCCCCUCACCCAGCCCAGCUGCCAAAUAGUGGUCCGCUAGAGCACGGCCCCAGUACAGACUCUGAUGUACAUACUGACACUCGGCUCCCUGACGCUCCUUUUCUACUCCUUUCCGGGAGACCCAUGGAACGCUGUGUGGACCUUUUAUUUUCUUAACGCAGGAGCUAACUUUAGUUUGGUGUUAUAAGGAGAAUGAACUGUGUUUCAUUAAACAGUGGAAAUACUGAUUCUGAUUCUUACUGGAUUCAUUAUAGACUCAUAUAUGUGUAUGUAGUCAUAUAUUAAGGUAAUAUGAUAUUGACAUGAAUAGUAAUGUACGCAUCAAAGAGAUAUAAUAGACUAUUGCAAUCUCAGCCCUCCUGGGUGUAGUUAUAUACUACACCUCUGGGGGGCAGUAUACUCAUUCAUACAAACAUGCACAUCUUGAGCAGGUGACAUGGGGCAUAUUUCUACAGUUCAAUUUUGUGUUCGGAGACUGAAUCAAACCUGUAAGCUGUAUUUAACCAAUUUUCCCUGUAAGCUAUUUCACUUUUUCUGUAUAUCCUUCACACAGAAAAACCAUCAGAAAGUAACUUGAAUACAAAGUGUUUAUUCCCACAACAUAUUUUGGCAAAAUACUGAUUGAAAACACUAAGUCAAUAAUAACGCCAGAUAUUUUGACAAAUCCCUGAAAAUGUUUGUGAGUUGGAUCAGAUUCUCAGAAUCUCACUACGGUUGAGACAGCAUUCUUCAGCAUAAUCUGAACUAAACCUACUUCAUAAGUGCAUAAUGAAUUGACCACUAGACACUUGUUGUUCAUUUCUGAUUCAGCUACAUUGAUAAAAACCUCACUUUGAAUAGAAUGCUUUU